UUAUACAUUACUCAAUAAUUUCACGAUAAACAAUUUGGACACAUACUUUAAGGACAAAUGUUUGAUUUAAGGAUGCAUAAUGGGCCUUGCAGGCGCAGAAGGUAUUGUUUUAGGAUCUCAUCGCGGAUUCUCGCACAAUUCAUUUAAACUAACCACUUUCGGUCAAGUCUUGGUUAUUAUUCUCCAAACUAUAUCAGGACAGUACCACAUUCAUUGGUGGGUACGGGAUCACAGAUUGCACCAUAAAUUCGUAGAUACUGAUGCUGAUCCCUACAACGCUAGAAGAGGCUUUUUCUUCUCUCACGUCGGAUGGAUGAUGAUGAAAAAGCAUCCGUUGGUACUCGAAAAAGGAGCCACUAUAGACAUGUCAGAUAUAGAGUCUAAUAAGCUAAUUAUGUUUCAGAAGAAGUAAGAAGUAAUCUCCACGUAACUUGCUGUGAGUAAAUUAAACCUGAGACUAAAUGAUACACAAUUUUCAGGUACUUUAUCCCAAUAUUUUUCUUGUUCAACAUUAUACUUCCGGUGGCAGUACCCGUUUAUUUUUGGAAUGAAAAUAUCUGGACUUCUUUCUUCACGGUAUUUGUCUACCGAUACGUACACACACUCAAUGCAACGUGGUGCAUUAAUUCAAUUGCACAUAUGUAUGGAACUAAGCCGUUUGACAUGAGAAUUACGGCAAAUCAGUCGCAAUUUGCUCACAUUGUUACGUUUGGCGAUGGCUGGCACAACUACCACCACAUCUUUCCCUGGGACCAUGCGAUGGAUGAAUUUGGAUUCUCAACAGGGUUUUCAACAAGAGUAUUACGACUCCUGGCUCGAAUGGGAGUAGCUUACGAUUUAAGAAAGCCGAGUCCUGAACUCAUAUACAAACACAGCCAACGGCAUGGUGAUGGCACUAUAACCCCAGAGGAUUGCGGCAUUAAAACAAAAUAAUUCAUACAAAAACAUUUUUGUAUCUUUUUUGUAAUAAGUAAAAUAAAUAGAAAAUACUUGUGUUCAACUAUGAACAAAAAAUAA